UUUAUUAGGGCUGUCAAAAAGUAGUUUUGUUGAAGUCUAAUAAAAAAGUCAUCCUUCACGUUAGGACAUGUCCAACUCAAUGAAAACUAUUGUCAAGAAAACAAAAACUCUUGAACAACCCUAAAAUGCUAAAAUAUAAAACAAAAGUUUGUACCAUCAGUUCGAAGAAAUUAAGAUAUAAAAGUAUUUUCUUUUAACUAAAUGACCAACGAAAGGCUCAGCUGAUAAAGAUAAUCAGAAAUAAUUUGUAAAAGAAUUAACAGACAUAUUGAUAUCAACGGGAAGAUCUCAAUGAGUAUAAAAGUAUAUACUAGGUAUUGCGUACAUACUAUCACGGAUGUAUUCUCCAGGUUAAACCCACCUCUCUUAAAACAUAACAUACUUAAUUGUCCCAAAUAUGGCGACCCUGUACGAUUCGCAUCAGAACCCGGCCUAUAUCUCAAGUUCGUCAAGUGACCGCUCGUCGCAGGCGCUGGACGAGCGGUAUAUAAGCCGCCGCUGAUGGGAGGAUGCUAUCAUUCGACCAGUGAUUACCCCAAGAUCAGCAAUGGCAGCCAAGUUCGUAGUUCUCGCCGCCCUGGUGGCCGUGGCCCACUGCUCCGUGGUGCCAGUGGUGCGAGUAGACGCCGCCGAAGACUCCAGCAGCUUCUCAUACGACGUGGCCGACCCCAACACCGGCGACUUCAAGAGCCAGCACGAGACCCGCGUGGGAGACUCCGUGAGCGGCCAGUACUCUCUGCUCGAGUCUGACGGCACCAAACGCACUGUGGACUAUACCGCCAACGACGACGGCUUCAACGCCGUUGUUCGCAAGGACCCCGCCGUGGUGGCUGCUCCCGUGGUCGCCGCCCCCGCUGUCGUGUCCGCCCCCGCUGUGGUCUCAGAGCCUGCCGUGGUCGCUGCCCGCGCCGUGUACGCCGCUCCCUCCGUGUACGCCGCCGCUCCCUCAGUGUACUCCGCCCCCGCCGUGUACCCCGCUCACGCUGUGUACGCUGCUCCCUCCGUCUACUCCGCCGCCUACUCUCCCUCUUACUACUCCUCUGUCGUCGCUCCUUCUGCCUACACCUCGGUCGUAGCUCCCUCCGCGUACUCCGUGCCCGUCGCUUACGCUGCGCGCUGGUAAAUUCGUUCAAAACUUGUACUCCAUUGUAUAUAUUAUAAGUUUAAGUAAAAAGUGAAACUACCCAAAA